GUUUAGGGGGCACGACCAAACCUCAACAUAAAAAAGCCUCCUUUCGCAUUCCACUCUGCUGUUCGCACUACGCCCGACCUCGCAAGCAAGUUUAAGCCCUAGAGAAGGUGCAGGAGAGGCAGAGAUGGCGACGGUUCCGGGACCAUUGAUAUGGGAGAUGGUGAAGAAGAACAACUCCUUUCUGGUGAAGCAAUUCGGAAGAGGGUCCGCUGGGGUUCAGUUCAGCAAGGAGAGUAACAAUCUCUACAACCUGAACUCCUACAAGCACUCUGGACUUGCAAACUCGAAGACUGUGACUAUCCAACCCGAGGGCAAAGAUGCUUCAGUGUUGCUUGCUACCACCAAGACAAAGAAACAGAACAAACCAGCAUCUGUCCUUAACAAAUCUGUCAUGAAGAAAGAAUUCCAGAGGAUGGCAAAAGCUGUCACUAACCAGGUGGGUGAUAACCACUACAGACCGGACCUUAAGAGAGCGGCCCUGGCGAGGCUGAGCGUUGUUCACAGGAGCAUCAAGAUUACCAAAUCCGGGCCGAAGAAGAGGACCCGUCAGGCUGUUUCCUCCAACAAGUGAUUUCACUUCAUUGUUUCGGUAUCUUUUUCCGAAUCUUGAAGAAGACUAGAGGGCUCUUUCCUUUUGCUGUUUUAAGUGAUUUAGAAAUCGGAGGACAUAUAUUACAUGAUUUUGCUCGUUUGAUGCAAAAACUGGACUGAUGAACAUAUGUCAUCAUGGUGUCGUCUGAACUAGAAUUGCAGGAUGCUUCCAAGACCGAGAUUUUGAUUUGUUUUUUCAUUAGGUGGUGUAUGCAUAUGCUUCCAAAGCAAGAUUUCACGGCCAAAAAUAAAUCAACAGACAAAUCCAAAGUGUUUAUGCA